CCAACAGCCAUGUCGAACACCAAAACGAUUCACGUCCCGCACCUUGGCGGCAUUGACGCUGCAUACCGUAUAUCCGAUCCCUACGACGCCUCUAAACCUACCCUCAUCUUGAUAAACAGCUUCACAACAUCUUCUGAACUCUAUGAUGCACAAUUCUCUAGCCCCGCGUUGUUAUCCAAGCUCAACCUCCUCGCCAUCGAGCUCCUAGGGCAUGGGCAAACCCGGACAGAUUGCGAGCACUGGACGUAUUGGGACACUGCGAUCAUGAAUCUGCAGGUCAUGGAUGCAUUAGGUAUUAAAAGAGCGUUCAUUCUUGGUACCAGCCAAGGUGGCUGGGUAACCGUAAGAAUGGCAUUGCUUGCCCCAGAGAAGAUCCAAGGAAUCAUCCCUUUGGGCACUUCUAUGGACUCAGAGUCCCCCCGCAGCCGUGCUCUCGGGUGCUGGGAUCCCAUCCAACCCUGUGCCGACCUUAUCAAUUCUUGGACCAGCGACACUCCUACGCCUGAUUUCUCCCUCACGCAGUCAUACUGCGACUUUCUCAUCGAUGCGGGUUUCGGCGCCAACUGUCCCUCCGAGGUCCGAGCCUUCUGGAGCCAAACCCUUCAGUCUAAAUACCGGGGGAACGAUGGUCGAAAACGGAUCAGGAUGGCGGCGGUCAAUCUCCGCGAUAGAGAUACUUUACACAGCCGGCUAUGGGAUAUCCGGUGCCCUGUCCUCUGGAUGCAUGGGACGAGCGAUGUUGUGUACUCGGUUGCUAAUGCGGAAGAGGAGAUCAAAAUGUUUGUAAAUUCGCCAGAUGCAAGGUUGAUUGUUGUCGAGGGUGGCCAGCACUUUUUGAGCUUUUCAAAUCCCGAGGAAGUGGAGCGGAAUGUGUUAGAGUUUGUGGAGAAGUAUUAGCCUCAUUUUCGACCUCUCCCAUCAUCAAAAUAGCACAAAAGGAGUAAUUUUGACUGUACGGUUGAUCGUCCGGUCCUUAGUUGGGCGCUUUUCACUUUGUGAACCGAGCGUGGAGUGAUUGCUUUGCCGCCUAAUGUGCGAGUUGACUCCGACAUUUAUCUUUCCAAGUAGUUAUCGCUUUCGUUACUUUGUUCCAGUCCCAUAACGUACAUCAUCUAGCCGUGUUUUUCCGAAGGAUAGGGGAAGAUUGAAAAUUCGGAACUGCCUCCUAAAAUCCGAACUCAUAUAGAAGGGGACUCUUCGACCCUUCUUCUAAAUGCAUCAUAAAACUUUUAACACCUUGGAUUGCCUGUAACCUCCACCAGAGGACAUGCUUAAGACAUGUG